AUGGAUAUUGUCAUAACCAGCAAAACCAUCAAUGACAUCACUAGAUCUCAAAAAACCCAAGACAUCUACAUCUCUAUACUCUGGUCCUGGCAGGUAAUCUGCAGCAGUGUGGCACUGACGUCGGUGCCAGAGAAGCUGCCGGACACAGUGGAGGACCUGAGCUUGGCUAAGAACGCCCUGGCGGCGCUCACCACACAGAUGUUCAUACGGUGGCCCAAAUUGCGUACCCUGAACCUCAAUGACAACCACAUCAGGGACAUCAAACCCUUCGCCUUCCGUGGCCUCGCGCACCUCAAGGAGAUCUUCAUUCAGAAUAACCCACUGACGGAGCUGCCUCGGUUCUCCUUCGCGGGACUGGAGAACGUCAACCAGAUCAACCUUUGCAACAACCGCAUCGAGACCAUACAUCCGUACGUGUUCGCCGGGAGCAGAAACAUCGGCAUGAUCCUACUGCAGGAAAACCCUUUGGUGAGAGUGAAGGCCAGAGCCUUCUCCGGCCUCCGCACCGCCCAGUUCCUCUACCUGCCCUCCUGGGUCAAGGUGAUAGAAUCAGACGCCUUCUUCGACCUAGAAGGAGUUGGUCUUCUACGUCUACACAGCCUCGACCUGCACGCCUUGAGGAAUUACACCUUCAGGGGACUGAAGAACGUGACCCAGAUAUCUAUCCAGGAGUCUGACCUCGGCGUCUUCCGUAACCUUGCAUUUGAAGGUUUGCAGAACGUUGGUGAACUGCGCAUUCUGAACAAUAAGGUUGAUGUGCUGGAGUCAAUCGAAGUGCGUGAAGUCAAUGUUGAUGCAGUUAUUGUACGAGGAAAUCACUUCUUACAGGUUAACCAAGAGAAACCCUUCCGUAUUCACGCCAAUGUCCGUUCUGUCAUUACAGAGAACUACGUGCCAUGCUCAUGUCAACUAUGGUGGGUCUUGGACUCUCCGCUGGCACAGCAGAUGCCCAUGUUUUCCCGUCAUAACUUCUGUGUUUCGCCCUAUGCCCUUCAUGGCAAGACCAUCACUUCAGUGGACAUGGAAAAACUGGAACGAUGCCCUGCGCCGCAAGAACUUCAGCUACCCAGCGGCCAGGAGACAUCCCAAGGAACUUCUACACUGCCCCUCCCAGAAUUCCUCUCUGCUCUGUGUAUAUCCUUAUUACUAUUUCAUCAUCCUGAUUGGUCCCUGGGUCUGAAUGUGAGUGAUGGUGAUGUGAAGGAGUUAGUUGAGGGGCACAGGGAAGAGCUGACCACUGAGGAGCUGCAGGAACUUGAGAAGGAGGAGCACAAGACUAAGAUGGAUGCACUCUCUUCAGGUCAGAAGAAGAGGUAG